AUGCGGCGCACCACUCGGCUUAGGGGCGGGGCUGAUCUGCUCACCCGCUGGAGGGCCAAUCUUGGCGGUGGACAGACACUCUCAAGAGAGUCGGCGCUACAACUUAUGCAGGAGACGGUGGAUGAAGCACACACCUCAGCAGAUGGACGGAAAAAGCCUCUGCUCGCCACAAGGAGGCAUUCGGUGAUGAUUUGGAAGUCUUUGGGCCAACACCAUAUUCCCUGGGCAGACUGCCUGGGGCUGCUGGAGGCCCAAUUGGCCGCAGUCUCGCCGGCCCAGCGGCGCUUUCUACAGGACAGCCUUGCCGAUGAGAAGCAGUUGGGCCGCCUGCCGCACCUUGUGAUAGCGAUGUGGCAGCACUUGGCCGAUUUGUCGGCGGUUUACGCUCAUCUCAUGGCAGCAGAGACGAUAGUGCGGUUCGCCUCCCUGGUGCAGAUCGCCGUGCGGGAGCGUCCUCAGCUAGGUGGUGUGUUGCCCGUCACCCCCUGUGUAUUGAUGCGGUGCUACGAACUUGGUAAGGCUCAACCGGAAGUUGCACUGGAAUGCUGUCGAGGCUUAGCACUGGUGAACGCAGAGACAGUACCGCGGCGUGAGAAGGAGGCGCUGGCGUUGGCGUACGCGAUGCUCCACGCGAACAGUGGCUGCUGGAGCAUGGCACUGUCGGUGGUGAAUGCCGCACGUGAGGUGCGCCCUUCUGCAAAGCGACUUUUUUGGCUCUACACCAAGCGGACAAGUCAGUGGGAGAAAGCCCUUUCGAGCACGCAGCCGGUGGAACGGCAAGUUGUGGUGGAGUCGAUCAAGCACGCACCGGGUUUUUCUUGUGCGUUGAAGGUGUAUGAGAAAUGGGAAUCCCAUGAGGCUGCUGUUGCACUGCUUGCUCGACCAGACUGCAUCAGCGCAAUGGGAUGGGAGGCGGCGCUGCGUCUCUGUCAUAAAGCCCACGUUUGCACGUACAGUAUUUUGCGGCACAUCCUCGCUGGCAUUCCUGCUGACCAUCCCCAGUUGAUGCAGCUACACACAAGCACUAUACGUCUUGGAGGGGAUUCCAUGUAUGCAGGAACGCUCACACGCAGGGCGCACACAUUUAUCAAAAAAAGUCAAUGGUCUGAAGCCAUUGGACUGCUAUGUGGGUGCCGUUAUUACGACGUUGCGCUUCCGCUUGCACCACAUGUCCCUCGUGGUGUUGCCCUGCCUCAUGAGCUGCUGGCCUAUGAGGAAGCUGUGCAUCGCGCCAAGAUGUCAUUGACACCAGCGAAUGCUGCUUUUUUUGAAGAAAAGCUGGCGGUGGCCCUCCACGGGGAUUGGACUCAGCUGAAAGAAUUGCCAGACAAUGCUCGGCUACACUCCUUGAUUCUGGCCAGGCGUGCUCGCGACCCCUGCGGGACUGAAGGGGUAAAAGAUAGCAGUGGGGUGCAGUGCUUCACAUUUCAUAGUGAAGAACUCUCCAGGCUUGUCUGUCUACGUGCGGACCGAAAGGCGCAGCGGUACUUCAUGCAGGUGAUUCCAAGUGUUCUGCGUCUCCACCAUUUUGGAACAGAGUGUAUUCCUGAGCCUGAGCCAGAUGCCCGUGGACAAUACGUUGACUUCUUCUUAUCCGAUAACGUUGUGUCCGGCAGAGAGAGCUGCAAUGCUCUGUGCGCCAUGUUGGUGCGGCACCUACAGACUUCCGGUAAGUUAACAGAAUUGGCGUUUCUCAGGGAGAUUGCCAAGUGCCUCGCUGCAGGCAAAGUGCGGCUGGCAGCAGCUGAUCGCCACGAGCUUCCACUUGCAGUUCUGCGAGCAGCUACCCAUUUUCACCGUGCGAACGCCGCCAUGACAGCUCGCAUCGCAAUAUCAACCCCCUCUCAGCACUUAACAGCACAUACUGAGGCACUGGAGAGUAGCAUGAACGCUUUUGUCUUAAACGGCCAGUGGGAGCGGGCGAUUUCACUUAUACAACGAACGAAACGACCGUAUCCUGAGUCGUUUGGCUCUGUGGCCUAUGUGGUCCCACACGCUGAGGCACGAAAGAUAUUGAGGCUGAUCUGGAAAGACAAUGCGGAAAGCCGAUGGCUUCUCCUUCUGCAAGACUUGCUUCAUGGGGAUGUCAGACUCGCGCAAGACGAGCUCGCGUCUGUUUCUUCUGUUGUUUGGACCUCUCGCGACAGCAAGCGAACGCAGUGGCGGCGACGUGUUCUCGGGGCGUGCUGCGCUUUGCUGCAGUCGUCCGAGUCGAUGUGCAUGGUUGUGCGGGCGGCCAAAACCUCUGCGUUUUCUUCAUUGGAUGUGGAUGAACAUGGCCUGACGCGACUCCUCCGUGUACUUCCGUGGGAACUAGCUGUAACAGCGGUGACUGACCUUCAAGAAAGGGGAGAGGUGGUGGAAGAGCUUUGGAUACUAGCUGUCUGCACAAAACCGUCGAUCCCUCUGGAUUCGAUCAAGAAGCUCGUGGCGUGGCUUCCGUACUCAACACUGUUGCAUGCUGUGUUGGUUUACCAAGAGGCUGGAGGGCAGGGGGAUCUCUGCAUGGCGGUGAAGGCUAUAGCUCGAUACCAAACGGUAAUGCUUACCGAGUACUGGUCUAGUGACGCAUACCUCCGCCCGUUCGUGUUGCUCCUGAAGGAUGUGUUGCUUCGUUUUGAUGAUGAAGCUUGGGAAAGGAUUUCACUCUGGCCUAUAGUCCGCCGGAUGUUUAACAAGAUUGUGGAGGAAUCCAGGUUUACACAUCUGGGAAGGAAAGGCAGAAAUAGUAUUCCUUUAGCGCUCCGUGAAGAUGGGCCAUGCGCCGCUCAGAUGAUCACUGGAUUUCUCUAUCAUCAGCUGAGCCGGACUCUGCAGGUGCCGAUCUCGGCGUCCAUUACCUCACGGCUCUUGCGAAGCGUGGCGUUACGCACGAGUGACCAUCAGAGUGCAUUGCAUUUCUUUAAAUCCUUGAAACAUCCAAGUGAUGAGGAACGAAGACUUCUCGUUUUCGCGCUGCGAGACACGGAUGAUGCGAUGACCGUGUUGCUAAAUACGGGACGAUUUGUACGCCCGAGACCAGACCAAGUGCUCUUGUGGAGCGAUCAACGCCUUGGUGAAGAGAGGUGGCGGGAGUCCCUCAAGUUGUUGUCUCAGUCCCCACCACCAGAGGAGCAGUUGACGCAGUUGUGCUCUGGCUGGACGUCGGCGGAGUGCCUCCACGCGCUGGAGCUACUCCGACGGACGCACGGAAGUUCCCCAGAGGCGGAGCCGUAUGUGGCACUGGUAAAGAAGGUGCAGGUGAAGGAGCCUGGGCAGGAAUGA